GGAUUAUAUCAAAGAUUUUUCACUGGAUGAAAGUAUAUAUAAUAUUGCUGAAAUGAAUGCCUCCAAGAAGACCGACGCUGCAGCUAAGAAAGAGGACAUGGAAACGAAGGAGAUGUCGGAAUUAGAUGAAAUGAAGAAAUCGAACGAGCGCGCUUCGGCCAGCAAUAAGCCCCCAGCCCCGAAGAUGGACUGGAUAAGCAAUCUGGGUAUUUUCAUCUCCAAUAUGUAUAUGAAGUCGGAGAACCGUCUGCCGGGAGCUUCUAUGCCCAGGUGUCUGCGAAAUACGAGGGAAUGCGAAAACAAGCACCGCGCUGCCAAGCUGCCAGAUGUUCCAAACAACUCUGUGGUGGAAGAACUGAAGAGAACGCUAAGUGGCCACCAAUAUGACACCUUCCUGGACCAGCUGGAGAUGAUGGCGAUGCAAUUUGUGUACCCGGGAAAUGGUAUCUUCGACAGGCUCGUUGAAAUGGCCAUGGUUCUGAUUGCCAAAGAAAUGAGUGUCAGGGAGCUGGGAGACAUCUAUGCCAAGGUGAUACGCACCUUCUUUCUCCUGGUCGAUACCUUUCCGCCCUGCUGGACGAGCUUGCGCCCAUCUUACUUGAAUUUCCUUCGCAUCCCGAAUCCGUCCAUUCGUAGCGCCCGUUCCGACAAAGGGACGUCAAAGCUGAAGUUCUAUCUGGAUCUUUUGGAGGAGAUCUUGCCGCAAUGCAGCGAUAUGGAAAUCCGCGAGCGCACAAAGUUCUAUGAGGUGCACGUGUUCAAUUUCACGGAGGAGGAAGAAAUGGACGUGUCAUACGAGACGGCAUUGCUGCAGCAUGUGCAGGACUACGACUGGAAGAGUGGCACACUCUGUCUAGACGACUUCAAUAAUCUCUCGCCCGGGACACGCCUCUCGCGACUCUUCGAUGUGCUGCUCAUGCUGUGUCGGAUCCUGGAAUUGGAGUUCCUAUCCUGGCUGGACCACAACCGUCUGCGCCAGUCCGAGUCCGAGAUCUUCAAUGAGGAGACAAAGCCGUUUGCCAUCCAUGUCUUCGGAAUGUCGGCCACAAUGCGGCUCACGGAUAUUGUGCGCCAGUUGAUGCGUUUGUACGGCUUUGCGGCCCGAAAGUCCCUGUACCCCGACCGUCUGGAAAUACUUCAGCGCCUUAUCUCACUCGUUGUGGAAGUCAGCAACACGGCAGAGCUGAAAUACGUGGACAACGCUGUGACCUACCCGAGCCUGGGUCCGCAGACGCGCCUGCUGAUUGCCCAGUUCUUCGAGAUAUUCAACUCGCAGAAUCCCCAGCACAUCGGCACCUAUAUUAGGAACAUUCCGCAGUGGCAGCAGGCGUAUCUUCGCUUCGAGUUCGCCGAUCACUUUCUACAGCUGUUUUACUUCCCCCGAAAUGUCGCGUUCGGGCCGAAGAAAGUGUGCGAUGAGUUCACCGACAGGCAGUGGGCGAAAUACAAGCCAAGGAGUGAGAUCGAGGACGACGACGAUGAGCAGUUGUCGCGGGAGGACUAUCUGAAUAUACUCCUGAACGCCCUCAAGGACUAUGACCUAUGGAUGAAUCUGAAGCGCUUUUGGAAGGUUAUGCAGAGCAAGAAGCAGCAGACCCCCGAGGGGACUGAUAAGGAAAAGGAAGUGCCGCACUGGAAGAAGCGCGUCGACGCCAAGGUGAUUGCAGGCAGGCCCAAGGUGAAUUUGCCAGAGGCCAAAAUAAACGUGCCUGAGCUAAGCGUUCGCUACAGCAGCGAUGUGGGUUACAUGCGCUCUCUGCGGCGUUUGCUCGUAAAGGAAGUCCAGUCGGAAAUCGAUGUAUCCGCUUGGUUGGAAUAUCUAAAUGGAUUUCUGUGAGCCGGCAAACCGCCAUCAGUCGUUCCUCCCCAUCGUCGGACCUAGAAGAAAAAGCCUAGUGCGGUCCUUGGGCGCACGAAAUUUUCAAAUAUGAAAUUAGUUAUUUUAAGUUUUCUGAAAGAAAGGAAGUGCUGAGCGAUGGUUCGUUGUGAAGAACACAUGCAAAUUAUUCAUUUUCUGUAUCUCU